GAAGAAGAUGCUACCCAGGUCGUGGUGAAAGAGGAGGCAAUUCAGAAACUAGAAGGGUUCAAAAUUUAUAAGGAUAUUGGAUGGGUUGAACAUACUUUCGGCACAGGACCGGAUAAGAUGCAUCCAAGGAUACGGAGGGAAAUGCCUGGGGUGAACCAAGGCUCAGACCUGGAACCUCCACUGUCCCAAAUACAGCGGCGUGGAGGAGAGACCAUGGCCAAGAUUCAGGCCCAUCUUCAGCAGAUUCAGGCUCAGAGCUUUGUGGUACAAAAACAGGCCCAGCAACAACAGUUCCAGAGGCUCAAGUGUGCUUUUCAGGUGGAAGAUGCCUUGUCGUACCUGGACCAGGUUAAGAUGCAAUUUGGGAACAACCCGGCUGUUUACAAUGAGUUCCUUGACAUCAUGAAGGAAUUUAAAUCACAAAGCAUCGAUACGCCUGGUGUGAUCGACAGGGUUUCGCGUCUCUUCCAGGGCCACCCUGACCUUAUACUGGGGUUCAAUGCUUUCCUGCCACCAGGUUACAGGAUAGAAAUCCAGAAGAACAAGGCAGUUAGUGUGCAUGGACCCACGCCAGCGGAGACUCAGGUGCUGUCUGAAGCAGCCCACGAACACGCUGCUGCCACUCCCCCUAAUGUCACCGCUGGUACCGUCACUCCGGUUACCCGUUCUGAUCCCGCUCCAUCCCAGAGCCCCCUGGUGGUUCACAAGGAUGAGCGUGUGGAACGCCGCCCGAUCCGAGAGGAACUGACUCCGCGACUGCUAGAUCACCAUGAUGACAUUGCAUCUAAUGACCCGCAUCCUGUGGAGUUCGACAAUGCAAUAAGUUAUGUGAAUAAAAUCAAAAACCGAUACUUGGAACGUCCUGAAGUUUACAAAUCCUUCCUGGAGAUUCUGCACACUUAUCAGAAGGAGCAGCUGAUAGUGAAGGAUACCAAGGGGAAGCCUUACUGCAGCAUGACAGAGGAUGAAGUCUUUGCGAAAGUUGCCAACCUAUUCAGAGGCCAGGAGGAUUUGCUGACUGAGUUUGGCCAGUUUCUCCCAGACGCCAAGCGAUCUUUGUUCACUGGAAAUGCUGCGUCUGAAAAGGACGAGAGUAAAACGGUCGACGAGGACGAGGGAUCGAAACACAGUCAAAGCAAGAAACGUUUGAGGCCAGCACUCCUGCCCCAGGUGCCACCUCCUCUCAAGAAAAAGCUGAAGUUGUCAAGUGUGAAGGACCGGUCAUUGGCCUCCGCAGGCAAGCACGGCACCCUGCGAGAAUUCAGCUUCUUCGACAGAGUACGCAGGAUUCUGAAGAGCCAGGAAGUGUACGAGAAUUUCUUGCGGUGCAUCGCCCUGUUCAACCAGGAGGUGGUUUCUGGCUCAGAGCUUCUUCAGUUGGUCACUCCAUUCCUGGGGAAGUUCCCUGAGCUUUUUGCACGUUUCAAGUUGUUCUUGGGCCAGAGGGAACUCUCACUCACACAGCCUUUACAAAGAGACCGGCCUGUGGAUGGAAUUGCCCGGGAGAUUGACUAUGCCUCAUGUAAGCGGCUGGGCUCCAGUUACAGAGCUUUACCCAAAACCUACCAGCAACCCAAGUGCAGUGGGCGGACUGCUGUCUGCAAGGAGGUUCUCAAUGAUACUUGGGUCUCAUUCCCCUCUUGGUCAGAAGAUUCCACCUUUGUCAGCUCGAAGAAAACUCCGUAUGAAGAGCAGCUUCAUCGUUGUGAGGAUGAGAGGUUUGAGCUUGAUGUUGUAUUGGAAACCAACCUUGCCACAAUCCGUGUGCUUGAGAGCGUCCAGAAAAAACUAACUCGGAUGUCUCCGGAGGAUCAGGAUAAAUAUCGUCUCGAUAAUUGUCUGGGAGGAACAUCGGAGGUCAUCCACCGCAGAGCCAUCUAUCGUAUUUAUGGAGAUAAAGCACCAGAAAUAAUCGAUGGGCUUAAGAAAAAUCCAGCAACAGCUGUACCUGUGGUGCUGAAAAGAUUGAAAGCCAAGGAAGAGGAGUGGCGGGAGGCACAGCAAGGGUUCAACAAGAUCUGGCGGGAACAGUACGAGAAAUCCUACCUGAAAUCACUGGACCACCAGGGUGUCAACUUCAAGCAGAAUGACACCAAGGCGCUCCGCUCCAAGAGUCUGCUGAAUGAGAUCGAGAGCGUUUAUGAUGAGCGCCAAGAGCAGAACUCUGAGGAGGGCUGCCCAGGUGUCAAUGGGCCCCACCUGAUGUUCGUCUACGAGGAUAAACAGAUCAUGGAAGAUGCUGCAUCUCUCAUCAUUUAUCAUGUGAAGCGACAGCCAACCAUUCAGAAGGAGGACAAGGACCACAUCAAGCGCAUCAUCUACCACUUUGUGCCAGACUUGUUCUUUACCCAGCGUGGUGAGCUGAGCGAGUCGGAGGAUUCAACAGACGAUGAGAUGGAGAGUGUUCCUAGGCAUAGUCAGAGUAGCAAUGCAGACACGGGACAAAAAGGAGCAGCAUCCCCGGAGAGUAGCCUAGCUGAGGAGCGGCUGGACCUGCGUGACCAAGUGGCAGAAUAUCAGAAAAACCUGGAUGAUGUCUACAAUCUCUUCUUUGUAAAUAACAAUUGGUACUUUUUCCUGAGAUUACAUCAGAUUUUGUGCUACCGGCUGCUGCGAAUUUAUAGACAGGCUGAGAAACAGCUGCUGGAAUAUCAAAUGGAGAAGGAGAAGGAGAAACAAUUACAGGAUGGGAGGAAAGAGAAAGCGAGUGAUCCCGCCGUGGAACUCAGGCUCAAACAGCAAAGUGAGAUUGAGUUGGAGGAGUAUUACCCAGCCUUCCUAGACAUGGUGAGGAAUCUGCUGGAUGGAAACAUUGAGCCUACACAGUAUGAAGAUACAUUGCGUGAAAUGUUCACCAUCCAUGCCUACAUUGGCUUCACAGUUGAUAAGCUGAUUCAGAACAUUGUACGGCAGCUGCAGCAUCUGGUAAGUGAUGAUGUGUGCGUGCAGGCAACCGAGGUUUACCUGAGUGAGAGGAAGCGAGGAGCAGCUGGAGGGAGUUUGCCCUCCCAGUGUGUUAGAGCAACCCUAGAAGCAGCCUACCAGCUGAAGGCUGAGCGCAUCAUGCCAGAUGAAAAUUGCUUCAAGAUUAUGUUUAUCCAGAGUAAGGGACAUGUUUCCAUGACGAUUGAGCUAUUGGACACGGAGGAGGCACCUUCUGAUGACCCCUUGGAACUGCAGAAUUUAACAAGCUAUAUGGAGCAGUACGCUGGCCCGGAGGCAAUGCAGUUCGAGCAGACAGAUGGGUUCUUUUAUAAACCAGUGUUUUUACCCAGAAAUCUUCGGAAAUUUCGGAAAUGGCAACAGAAGCAGUUUCUGUCAAUGAGAAAUGAGAGCAGGAACAACAAGCAAUGCUGUGUAGGCGUAGAGAACUCAAACAAUAUUGACUGCAAGUUUAAGCUGAACACUCACAAGCUUGUGUACGUCAUGAACUCUGAAGAUUUCAUGUAUCGUUGUGGAGCCUUGCACCGGGCUCGUGAGUCGCAGUGCCAAGUUACCAGAUACCAGCACCAGCAGUUUCUGGAAUGGCACAACCGUUGGCUGGAGAACCAUGUGACUGAUGAGAUGGGAGAGCUGGUUCAGGAUUGGCUGAUGGGCGAAGACGUCGAGGAUCUAAUCCCAUGUAAAACCAUUUGUGAAACCGACACCAUCCAUGACAUUGCUGUCAACAGAUACCGUGUUCAAUACAGCCGCUUCCCUCCGUCGCCAUGAAACGCUUCUGCACGCACUUGUGCUUACACACUCACACACCGCAGUCGCAAGUGUACUGCGUACCCACGUGUGGUCAAUACACGAUGCUUAAGGCUGGUGAGGUGAUUGUGUUAGCUGCCUGACUCCUGUAUAAGAGAAUGAUCAUUGCAGCACCAACCUACUGAACACAGCCAGUAUUAUCAAUGAGGAAAUGCAUUUGACAUGAAUCUACUUGUGAUCCUUGACCCCGUUUUCUUUCUCUCUUCAUCCCACUCCUGCCCCUUCCCUGCCAAUUGCUGUAUUCGCAUCCCCAACAUCUUGCAAAAGAUUGGUCAAACUUUGUGACACUGCAUGAGAUAUUUUUGGUAAUGCACAGCUUGCUGAUGUGUACACUGUGUGAUUCUGUGCACAGGAGAUAGACUGAAGCAACUGGACCACUGGAUAGUAGGACUGGUAAGUGAUGACUCGUGUGGUCUCGCCAUUGCCCCUCUCCCCGCACUCCCCCAUCCUGAAAGAAAAGCAGAGGGUAUCAUUGCUUGAAGAUGUAGCUCACCUUUUACACGUAGUAUAUAUCUGGUGCAGCCUUUGAGAAACAUUGGGAGAUUUGUGAAUCUGUCAACUCGGGAAGCUGUGCAUUGACCUUGACAGUCAGACUUGAGGCUGAGCCACUGUUACUGUGGAGUCUGCACCUGCCUGAGGCAUCAGUCAACUCUGGAGUGGCUGCAUUCAACUGAGAGCUCAAACUCUACACCAAUUCAAACUGAUCAGGACCCACACAGUCCAGCUUUGAAUGAACCCGAGGAGUUACCAAGUUGCCGAAACCUGUUGUUUUCUCAAUUUGCAGCAGUUGAGUGUUAUUAAAUGUUGGGACUGUCUGUGAGCUAUGAUGUCCUGAUGUUAGAGCUGGUGGGCAGCUUUGUUCCAGUCUAUACCCAGCAUUCAGUAUUCCUGUCUGAGAAAGUAUUCCUGUUCUUGAUGUACGGAAGCCAAGUUAGUGAGAGUUGAGUCUGUGAGCAUACAAACGGAGUCAAAGCUACCAACUGAAACUUCAAAGUAAUUAGUGUGUCUUUCUGAACUGAAACUCAGUCUGGGCUGUGAGCUCAAACUGCUGCUUGCUCAGAGAUGGACUAAGUUGACUCUGAUUCUGACUACAGUGGAGAAGGAUCAGUGAAUGGAGAUGGUUUUUCUUGGGAGUCGAGAACCUGCUCAUUUCACAGGGCUCCUUUUGUUUCUCUGACCUUCACAGCGACAUUUGUUUGAACCCUGUUGAGUGUUUAACUUUCUCUGAAGCUGUGCUGUGUAUGAAGUGAUAAUGUACAUUACCCUCUGAGUGAGAUGGCUGGAUGAGAGUCUGGAAAUGCAAAAGCAAACACACAAAUGCGUUUUUGUAUUAACUGCCUGAAAUUCAGGGGAUUCUUUUGUGUAAGUAUUAUGGAAAGGUUUCAGGUUUUAGGCUCUUUCACUUAUGGAAAGAUCACAGUUUAAGUUGGUGUCUUGUUGGAGUUUCACUGUCCCCAGGAGAAUUUUUUGAAAUGGUUUUGUGUGUAGGAGCAUCUUUUCCGGGAGGCUUAGAAACUCUUCACCUUUAAACAAGGGAUGAUCUUGGCUUGUUUAGGUUUCAGGAUGCUAAGCAGCGGAGGUGUGUGGGAUGCAGAAUGAUUGCUUGUGGCCGUGGAGAGUUUACCAGAAGCUCCCUGAACGCCUGGGUCAGUAACCAAGUCUCUCAGAUCCAUAGUUCAUGCUGUGUUAGCUGAUCUCAGUCAGCAUUAGAGUUAAGGAGGGGCAACCAGAGGGGGCUCCUAUUUAUGCUCAUUAUCCUCUGAUCUUAACUGGCAAGAUGCUUGUGCAGAUGUCAAUUGAGGAUAGAAUUGGGUUUGAGUGUAAUUCUGCCAUGCUGGAUUAUCCCCCUGGCACCCACUGUCCAACAUAAUGCCUGAAAGAAUAGCCACUUGGGUGAGAUACUGAGUGGCUUUAUAGAGGACAAUGGAGAAAACUGGUGCCAAAUAAUAAGCUUUCCAUCAUACAAAGUUUUGUUUAUUGUGGACCUGGUGUGGGCUGACCUGUUGGUGCUGGUCACCUCUCUGUCUGAGCUCUUGAUACUGCUCCUGUUUGACUGUCUCGUCCAGUUAUGGACACUGGCUGACAUGCCUCCUGCGUCCCCUGAUGGUGAUGUGCAGGAAUCAGAUCAGCUGACUUAGCACAGAGCUGGGAUAGGGACCCAGAGUCCCCUGAUCACUAAAACUCAGUACCACAUCUGUGGAGGGAGGUGUGUGUGUUUAUUCUGUGUUACAGACAAGGAGUCUGUACCAUUGUCCACUACAGCCACCCAGUCCGACAGCUCAAUGAAAUGGACACUCUUGUGACUCUGCAGUAUCUGCCAGGUUAAGUUAUCAAUGAGGAGGAGGGCUGCACUUUGGAGAGAUCAUGGACCUGUUCUCGAUUGAAAGCUGCUCGUUCGCAGCUCGGUAUUUAAAAUGCCUCUUGCCCCGGAUUGCUGUGAUUUGGAAGUGUGCGCAGUACCGAGUCUUUGCCUCCCGAUGUCACUGUUGCACUUUGUCCGCCUGCAGAGGGG